CCUACUCAUAACCUAUAAUAUAAAAGCAACUGAUAUUUUUAGUUCCCCAGCACAUAGUUGAAUCUGGCCAAACACCCCCAAAAAAGAAGCAGCAGCAAAAUCUUGAAUCUGUAGCUUCUGUUGUAACUUGAUAUAUAGGAUGGCUAACAUAGACAUAACUGGAAUCAUGAAGGAUCUCCCAAAUGAUGGACGUAUCCCGAAGACCAAGAUUGUUUGCACUUUAGGGCCAGCUUCUCGAUCAGUGCCAAUGCUGGAGAAGCUCCUUCGUGCUGGAAUGAAUGUUGCCAGGUUUAACUUUUCCCAUGGGACCCACGAGUACCAUCAGGAAACCUUAAACAAUCUUAAGAUUGCUAUGCAAAACACUCAGAUCCUCUGUGCUGUCAUGCUUGAUACCAAGGGGCCUGAGAUUCGCACUGGUUUCUUAAAGGAUGGAAAACCAAUUCAGCUGAAAGAAGGCCAAGAAAUCACUGUGUCUACAGACUAUGACCUAAAAGGAGAUGAACAAACAAUCACGAUGAGCUAUAAGAAGUUGGUAGUGGACUUGAAGCCGGGCAAUACCAUCUUGUGUGCAGAUGGUACCAUAACCCUUACUGUUCUGUCAUGUGAUCCAGCGGGUGGAACAGUGAGAUGUCGCUGCGAGAAUACUGCCACCUUAGGAGAGAGGAAGAAUGUAAAUCUUCCGGGUGUGGUUGUGGACCUCCCAACACUUACAGAGAAGGAUAAGGAGGAUAUACUAGAGUGGGGUGUUCCUAACAACAUUGAUAUGAUUGCUCUUUCAUUUGUGCGUAAGGGUUCAGAUCUUGUCAAUGUUCGCAAGGUUCUUGGUCCACAUGCCAAGCACAUUCAAUUAAUGUCAAAGGUUGAGAAUCAAGAGGGGGUAGUUAACUUUGACGAAAUCCUACGUGAGACAGAUUCUUUUAUGGUUGCUCGAGGUGAUCUUGGAAUGGAAAUUCCAGUUGAGAAGAUUUUCUUGGCCCAGAAAAUGAUGAUAUACAAGUGUAAUCUUGCUGGUAAGCCUGUGGUAACUGCCACUCAGAUGCUUGAAUCAAUGAUCAAAUCUCCACGACCUACCCGUGCUGAGGCAACCGAUGUGGCUAAUGCUGUCUUGGAUGGCACUGACUGCGUUAUGCUUAGUGGGGAGAGUGCAGCUGGGGCUUAUCCUGAGCUGGCAGUAAAAAUCAUGUCAAAAAUCUGUAUCGAGGCAGAGUCUUCACUUGACUAUGGGGCUAUCUUCAAGGAAAUGAUCAGGUGUACCCCUCUUCCAAUGAGUCCACUAGAGAGUCUAGCGUCAUCCGCUGUCCGCACGGCUAACAAGGCUCAUGCAAAACUCAUUGUUGUCCUUACACGUGGCGGGACUACAGCAAAGCUGGUUGCCAAGUAUAGGCCUGCUGUUCCUAUUCUAUCUGUCGUUGUGCCUGUCUUGACCACAGAUUCUUUUGAUUGGUCCAUCAGCGAUGAGACGCCAGCUAGGCAUAGUUUGGUAUACAGGGGCUUGAUACCGAUUCUUGCCGAAGGUUCUGCAAAGGCCACUGACUCUGAAUCAACUGAGGUGAUCUUGGAAGCUUCCCUGAAAUCAGCCGUAGCGAAAGGGCUCUGCAAACCUGGUGAUGCUGUUGUGGCACUUCAUCGUAUUGGUGCUGCAUCCGUUAUCAAGAUUUGCCUCGUCAAGUAAUCUGUGUGUCAAAACUUACCAAUUCUCGGGCUCAGAUGGAUUUGCAUUCUGCUUUCUGGUCAUGAUAAUGCUCUGAUAUGCUGAUUUCUAGUAUCAUUUAGUGACAACUUAUUGAUUACUAUAUUUCAUGUUUAUUCUAUAUCUGCCUCAAAUACUGGAUUAAAAUAAUUAUCUUUUUCUGCAGCAAUUCGUUUAUUGUGUAAGGGGAGAAGGAUAUAAAGGCAGUUGCUUUUUGAUGAAUUUCAAAUGUAGCACACUGGAGAGAAUCCUAUUGGCAACUGAUUUGUCAUUUGUCAUGUUCCUAUGGUUCUUUCGUUUUGAAUAUUAGUGAAAAUAACUACAGCAUUUUCUACUCCUA